CUGAUAACAAAGCGGCAGAGGAAACGCUGUUAUUGAUCACAUUUCUCAGCCUGUGUGUGUGUUUGCCUCGCGCUGUGGGACGGCUCUUUGAUGUGAGGCAGGCUGAUCAGGGAUCAGAUACACGCGCGUCAGAUCCAUGCAGCCACCCCCUCUCCCCGUCUUUGAUCUGCGGCAGAGUGUAGUCCUGCUCGCUGUGUUUCUGCAGCUGACAUGGUGAGCGGACCGGUGCGGGACACACAGCUCACCUCUCACCGGUCUGCUGUCGACUUAAAACCACCAACAACUUCACUUAAAUACUCUUUUUCUCUCAGCUGCAGGCAACAAGUGCUUCAUCAACAUGUUCAGCAUCCUUCAACACACCUUCUCACUUCUGCUCACCAUGCAUGUCAUAUAUUCAGCUCUGAUUCCUGUGGGGGCCGAGGAGGAGACGAGGGAGUGCCGAGAGCAGGAGUACAAGGACCGCUUCGGGAGCUGUAGACCCUGCAGGCAGUGUGAUGCAGGACAGGAGCUCUCAAAGGAAUGUGGCUUUGGUUAUGGAGAGGAUGCCCGGUGCGUGCCCUGCCGGAGCAGCCGCUUCAAGGAGGACCGCAGUCUGCAGAAGUGCAAGCCCUGCCUGGACUGCGGACUCAUCAACCGCCUCCAGAAGGGCAACUGCUCGACCACCAGCAACGCCGUGUGUGGAGACUGUCUGCCAGGAUAUUACAGGAAGACCAAACUAAGUGGUUUCCAGGACAUGGAGUGUAUCCCCUGUGGAGACCCUCCGCCUCCUUAUGAGCCGCACUGCAGUGGGCGAGUGAACCUGGUGCCCCUCCCCCCGGUGGUUACCAGCCCGCGGGACAUGGCGCUGGCGGCGGUGAUCUGCAGCGCGCUGGCCACCGUGCUGCUCGCCCUGCUGGUCCUCUGCGUCAUCUACUGCAAGAGGCAGCUGCUGGAGAAGAAGCCCAGCGCGGCCUCUCUGCGGUCCCAGGACUGUCCCUACAGUGGGGCCGAGCUGUCCUGCCUGGACCCCCGCUGGCUGCACGACUUCCCCCAGAGACCCUGCUGCCGCUGCCACCUGGGACCCGGACACACCUGCGGUCCGGUGCACCUGAUCCCGUCCCUGUGCUGUGAGGAGAGCUGCAGUCUGGGCCGCAGCCUGGACGUCAGCGCCUUCCCAUCCCAGACCAGCCUCAGCGACGGAAAUACACACCAGGAUGAGGAGGCAGGACAUCCAGAGUCAGGCUGCAGAGAGGCCGCUGGGAUGAGAGGAGCUCCAGAGCCUGCAGAGAGUGUGGAGCACGGAGAGGAGGAGGAAAGGUGUAGGUCGAGGGAGAACUCACCUGAGAGGAGCAGACGGAGCUACAGUGAAGCUGUGACAGAUGCACUUCUCCCCAAACAGCAGGCAUCAAGUCAGGACGGAUGACAUGGAUGUCUUUGGCUCGUGUUGCACCCUUGAACCACCCCGGACUCAACAACAGCCGCGGCCAGAUCCCAGAUCAGAUUACCCAGCAGCCACUUCCUCCCCCCCCCCCCCCCCCCACCACCUCCACCAUACAGACACUAUCAAGUGCAGCCGCCUCUUUGAAAUGCCUCCUGCUGUGCUGACCUCGGAGCCCCUCCUCACAGGGUCAGAAUACAGUAUGUACAUACAUGCAAACAAAAGCACUGCUGAGGAAAGCACCGGGGCACAGAGAUAAAAACACACACACACACACACACACACACACACACACACACACACACACACACACACACACACACACACAC